CAAAAUUAUUACAUUAAUUUUUUUUUUGACCAAAUCUUAUUGAUCGAUAAUAAUAAUAAUAAUAAUGAUUACAGCGUCUAAUCGAUUAUCAUCAAAUAUACCGGAAGAAGAUCGUGCAUUUUUCAUGGUCAUGGAUAUUGUUUUUAGCCCGCAUCAACAUUCAAGUGCUGAACUUGGUUAUUAUUAUGAAGCCGAAUGUGAAGAUACAUUUUCGAUGCGUCGUUUUCAGGUGGCUGCACAAUUUUUUCAUCAUUAUGAUCAACAUCGACCAUUUAAACGUUUAAGUCGUAUAUUUGUUAAAUAUGUAAAUAUUAGUUCAACAUCAGGUUCAUUAUCGGUUACCGCUCAACAUCGUAUUCGUAAUCAAUUAAUGAAAGAAUUUGAUUUAGUUAAACAAAAUGCACAUUAUGGUUUAGUACAAAUGUAUGCUAUUUGUUGUCGUGUACCAAAUAUAUUCUAUUUAUUUAUGGAUAGUCCAGAUGAAACAUUGGAUGAAUAUCUUCUUCGUCAUAAAGAUAAUAUGUUGCCAAAUUAUUCUAGUUAUUCGAAAACAUUUCGACCAGUUUCACUUAUACCAUAUGAAUCAUCUUGUUUUAUAUUACGAUCAGUUGCCAAUACACUGUUACGGUUACAUGAAAAUCAUAUCUUUCAUGGACGAUUAUUAGCUAAUUCAGUAUUCAUACGUUUCAAUCAUCAUAAUAAUCAUUGUCCAACAGCAACAACAACAACAACAAAUGAAAUAUCAACAGUUCUUCUUGCAAAUUUAGCAUUUGCUGAAGUAUUUAAACUUUCGGAAAAUGAAGAUCCAGAAAAAUUACUUAUCGAACAACAACAAAUUAAAGUACAACAAACAAAAGAAUUAAUUCAUUUGUAUGAAAUGGCUAAUCGUAUUUUAGAAUGUACACAUUUUGAUUCAAUACAACAACGUGAUCGCUUAUAUGAUAUUGUAUCCAUUAUUAAUAAUGAAAAUAAUAAUGCAACAACAUUGAAAUUAUUUGCAAAUUCUCUUUUAUGAAAAUCACAAAAAAAAUACUGACCAUUUUUCAAAUUUCAAAUAUGUCAUAUAAUCGUUUAUCACGAUUU